GCAGGCUCUCAGUCUGCUCGCUCGCAGGAGGAAUCAGCAGCAGCAGCAGGACAAUGGACUGUCUUCAAUACGGAUCCUAACGGGCACCGGGCUGUCUCCAAACACACUGGAUCAAAAGGAGGUGAAAGUCCAACAGCUCCAGGAUGCUGCUGUCCUCAUCCCUGCUAACUUGCUGUUUCCUGGGGGUUAUUUGAUUUACCAAACAUGAUGAAGACUGAGCCCCCAACGGCCACAGGGAGCAACGGGGCCUCCAGUGGGAGCAGUGGUGGGAGCUCCAAUCUGCGGAGUCCCUCACCCCACCGCAAUGCAUAUGAGGCAGGGCUGGCAGCGCUAAAGAAGGCCACCGACCACCUCAACAAUGCUGCUAAUGGAGGCUCAGAACCUUCCUCAAAGCCUGCGCUUUUGCCCCGCCCAACUGGGAGGGGCCGGAGAUACGGAUCAAAUGUUCACCGGAUCAAGAACAUGUUCAUGCAGAUGCAGUCCCCUGGUGAUGAGGAGGAUGGAGCCAAAGUGAUAGGCAAAGAUCAAGCAGUGAAACUCUCCCUGCCGAGGGCAUCCAGCCUCAAUGAGAACGUUGACCACAGUGCCCUGCUCAAGCUUGGGGCCACAGUCUCAGACAGAGUCAACCGUUUUGACCCGAAAGCAGGUGGAGAUGGUGGGGGCUCCUCUGUGGGAUAUUCCAAGCUCCAGGAGACCAGGAGGAUCUUUGAACAGCGGACUCUACAGGAGAAGCAGGCUGCCACAAACAGGAUCUUACUGACGAAGGAGCGUGCCUCAGGCUUUCAGGACAGCCGUCUAGAUGUUGUGGCUCGCUUCAACGGCUCCACAGAGGCUUUGGACCGGCUGGAUGACACUCCUGCUCCUACUCCUCCACCUGGUGCUGUUCCCUCUGCUAUCCCCUCGGCUGCAGCUUCAGUCGGGCCCGGAGAUGCUGUCAGCCCGACAGUGAGCCAGCUCAGUGCAGUGUUUGAAAAGAGUGAACCGCAAAACAAUGUCUACCUCCCCAAACGUCGGUCGGGCCCUGCCUUAGCACCAAAGCCCAAACCCCCAGCUAGAGCAGAGCCUCCUACGAGGAAGGGAAAGGUGAUCCCCCCAGGUAAGGAGACCCGUGAGGAGGUGCCAGGAGGCGUUGUGAGCACGCAGGCAGCAGAUCUUCAGGAAUCUGUACAGAGGAGCAGAGAAGAAGAGGUAGCUACUAAGGAAAAGGAGAGGUUAGGACAGUCAGAGGACCAGCUCUCCAACUCUUCACAUUCCCUAUCAUCUUCAGUGGCUUUUUCUUCCUCCUCGACCUCCUCAGAGGUCAAACCGCAGUCAGAAGCUCAGCCAACAGUGACUGAAGCCAAGGGUUCAAGUACAGAGGCUGCUCCUGAUCAGGGGCCACAGAUUGACGAGCAGGACGGUCCUUCUGCAGGGUCUGAGGCUACAGCCAGACUUGUGCAGGCUGAGGUUCACGCUUCACUAGAAAAUGGAGAAAAAGAACCUCAGAGUUCCUCUCCCUCAUCAGAGGAGAAAGAAUUGGACGCUGAGAAAGAGGAAGAAGAGAACGAUGAUGAUGGCUCAAGAAAGGAUGAUUAUUCAGAGGGGGAUCUGGUAGAUAUCAGUGCCUAUAGUGGACUUGGGGAGGACGACUCUGGGGGCAGCCAGCUAGAUGAUGAGGAGGAUGACGACGAUGAUGAUACGUUUCAACCAGAGACCAGCUGCUCUGAGAUGCCAGGCCUACCUGAGGAAGAGGAGCCCCCACCACCCAAUAGGAAGAUCCAAUUUAGCACUGGGCCAAUAAAGGUCUUCACCACCUACUCUAAUGAAGACUACGAUCGCCGUAACGAUGACAUUGACCCCAUGGCGGCAUCAGCUGAGUAUGAGCUGGAGAAAAGAGUAGAGAAACUUGACCUAUUUCCUGUCGAGCUGGAGAAAGACAGUGAUGGCCUGGGUAUUAGUAUCAUAGGUAUGGGUGCAGGAGCUGAUAUGGGUCUGGAGAAACUGGGGAUCUUCGUAAAGACAGUCACAGAGGGCGGAGCUGCACAGAGAGAUGGCAGAAUCCAGGUUAAUGAUCUGAUAGUGGAGGUUGAUGGGACCAGCCUGGUUGGUGUCACUCAGAGCUUCGCUGCUUCUGUCCUCCGAAACACCUCUGGCACUGUCAGAUUUGUGAUUGGUCGAGAGAAGCCCGGGGAGCAAAGUGAAGUGGCUCAGCUGAUCCAACAGACUCUAGAGCAGGAGAGAUGGCAAAGAGAGAUGAUGGAGCAGAGAUACAAACAGUACAUGGAUGAAGAUGAGGAGACAGGUGAAUAUGCAACAGACGAAGAGGAGGAGAUGAGCCCAGUGUUCCCAAACUCCAUUGAGGUUUUCGACUUGGCUGAAAACCAGGACAUGAUGUCCCCUGUGGAGCUGGACCCAGAGAAGUUGGCCCAUAAAUUUAAGGAGCUCCAGAUUAAACAUGCAGUAACCCAGGCAGAGAUCCAGCUCCUCAAACGAAAGCUGGCUCAUGCUGAGCAGGACAGGUUGCGUUGGCGAAUGGAGCGUGCUCAGUUAGAGCAAAAUAUCCGGGACAGUAAAGAGAGGAUGGAGAAACUUGAAGGAUACUGGAUGGAAGCACAGUCCCUGUGCAAGGCAGUGGAUGAACACCUGAAGGAAACCCAGGCUCAGUACCAAACCCUAGAGAGGAAAUACAGCAAAGCCAAGAGACUGAUUAAAGAGUACCAGCAAAAGGAGAUUGAGUAUCUGAAGAAAGAGACAGCUCAGCGUCGAGCACAAGAGGAAAGUGAGGCUACACACAAAGAGGAGGCCGACAACCUGCAGGAAAAGAUAACAGACUUGGAGACCAAAGUCGAUGCCCUGAAGAUCUCCAAACCAUCCUAGACUGCUGCUUGUUCCUACCUCCUACCUUUGACUGGAAAAGGAGGAGUUCUGCCUUCAUUCCGACCUGAGCUGUAAUUUUUCCCAAUCAACCAUUCUGCUGCACAGACAGGUGGCAGGAACGUUCCAAUAAGGAUGUAAGGAGGUCAACUAACAUGGAGAAAAGUGGCAACCUCUCAUCUGGCAUUUGCCAGCAGCUUACAGCUCUGUCAUUCAAUAAUCAAUCCCAGAAUGCACCUUCUGUAAUACCCACAAUCCUCAUUUUGUGUCUUCCUGUCAACUGGCUUGGCAAUCAACACAGAUGCUACAUUCAACAACCUGUGCUUUAUCUGUGAAUGAUCUCUUCUGGCUUCUCCACUCUUUAAUGACAGUAUGAUACUGGGAUUCUGUUGAUGAUUAUAAAGAAGCGCUUUUUUUUUAUUAACAGGCUUGUCACAAAGUGCUUUAUUGAGUAAUGAACAAAGGGGUAAAAAUGCAGAAUAAAUCAGAGCAAACAAGACAGGAUCAUGUGCUUGAUGCUGUGCUGCAUUUGAACUAAGUUGUUGCAAAACUGUUCCUCCUCUUGCUUGGGACUUGACUGGAUUCUCACUAAGAGGACUUACAUCUGUCUGUUUUGCCGUAUAAACACUGAUCGUUGGAAUCAAGAACUAAUAGGAGAAAUGGCCACCUCAUUUUCACCACAAAACUCAACGUAAAUUCUUAGGUGAAAAACACAAAAAACUUUGAAAAGGAAAUAGCCACCACCCGCUGAAAGAUAAGUAAUAAAAACUAUGAAGCCUGAUGGCAGAUGAAUUUCUGAAGAGCGACAUAAACUGUGAAAACAGAACGCCCACCCCAGCCUUUGGUUCUAGCCUACAUUCUGCAAGAAGGAGGGAAUCUGGCAGAAUCGUGCAUUUCAGGUCUGAAUUGUAGUGGCAUAUUGUUUGUAUAUAUUCUAUACAUGUAUUUAAAAGUGUUAAGAUGGCUUAAGCAAAUAAGUGGGUCAGAUAUCUGUAAGUAAGGCAGUCUAGAGAGUGACACUGGUGUCCUGCUUGUAGAGGGGUGAAAUGGUUUAGUAGUCCACAUUCAGUCUGUUUUCUCUCUUUUCUCAAGUUAUCAAUGGCAAACAGGGUGUGAAUAGUCUAAUGUGUGCUUAAAGAGCGUCAAAUUGUGUAUAUUUGUAAGUGUUUCAAGUGUGUGUGGGUUUACAUGCACUCAGGAUGGUUAUGUACAUAAUUGAAGUGAGUUAUUAGCAAUCUACCCAUAUCCAGGGUCAAAAAAAUGAAUUUGAAUACACUGGUCCCUGAGUCUAUUUGUGUUCAGCUUCCACUUGCACUCACUGUGUAGUUGUAAGAGCUCAGGCUAAAUGGAAAACUGAGUUGUUCCAUAUUCACAAACACAUAUGUACAAACAGACAAGCAGUGUUAUUUGUAGUUCAAAUAUUUCUGGGGGCAUAACUUCUAACAAUAUUAUUUUAGUUCUUGAGGUAUGAACUUAUAAACAAGUGCCAAAAAUUCCUGUCCAAUACUCAAAUUUUAAGACUGAUGUUGAUAUUAUGGAAGAAAAAAAAUGUUUUAAUGAUAUAUCAAACAGAAUACUUUUCAUAUAAAUACAUGCCAAAAAGUUUUAUUGAGGGAGUUUGCAUUUGUCUAUUUAAAAGUUUUAAAAAUUUGUAUUCAAUAUAUAAAUUUAAAAAUGAAUUUGUCAGUGCAGUGAGGUUUAUAAAGUAUUAAAUAGUGAAACCAUUUCAAACAGGCUAAAACUAUCAAGCUAGUUGAUAACAAUCAAGUUCAGUAGCUAUCUCUAUAUGCUAAUUAGCUCCCUAACCUCCCAAAAGUGUUAAAUGUACUUGUCACAAAUGUAUUUAAAAAAAAAUGCUAUUCUUUAUACAUUCAGUAUUUUUAGUACCCCAGCUAGGGAAGCUUUGUUAAGCUAACAUGUGGAAGGGAGCUUUAAUUAGAUUCUAAAACAGUGCUAAAGUCUAUACCAAACAUGUAAAAGAUUAAGAUUGAUUUUUCCUGUUUGGUGUGUUUUUUAUCUUCAUUUAAUGAUAACAGGCUAGCUAAUUCGCUAUCAAAUUACUUUUUAGAUGACGCUAGCUAGAUAGUGCUUUCCAUGUUCUUUAGCUCUUUUCAUGGGAUAACUUAAGUGUUGAAUUCACUCAUCUCAAUUGUGGAAAAAAGUAAGAUUACACAAAUGAGAAAGUAUCUUUUAUUCUUUGAUCAGUAUUUGUCUUUUUUUUUUAAACUUAGCCAAGUAAGUUAUGCUAACACAAUGGCACUCUGAGAAUCAUUAAAACCAGACCUGCAGAUUAUUUAGCAGCAUUGGCUAUAGUAUUAUUCAGGAAUCUGUGUGCAUGUAAACACACUCCACACCUCUUGCUUUCAGAGAAGAGUAGGGGGUCUUAUUGCCAGUAUUAAGACUAGUCCAAAAAUUGGUUGUAUGUAGUUGCUGGUCAUUAAGCUCAGUUAUUUUACAGAAACAGAAAACUAUUCUGAUGAUUAAUCGGGUACAGCCACAUAGAAAUUCUUUAUUGUAAAAUAUUUUAAGAAGAGUUUUUUUCUUUGACCGAAUAUGUUAGUAAAAUUAAAAUAUCUGGAAAGUCUUCGAAAGUGCUCGUGCUUCAAAGCAAUCAAAGAAACAUUUUUGCUUGUAAAACAACAAGUGCUCUGUGAGUCAAGUCUUACAAAAAUUAUGUCUACAGGAAUGGGAAUUGAAUCACUUACUAUGUUGAUGGGGUUUUUUUAAUCUGGCUCAUGCAUUUUUGUCUUGAAGGGAGUUGUUGAUGAUGAGUGAUAAAUACCAACUGAAAUAUUCCCAUGAGGUUGACGAAACUAUUAAUGGAAAAGCACUCACACAAAAACAAACUAACCAAAAGAUUCAUGAUGGGUUUUGCAGUGGAAAUGAUAAACAUGGUGAUUAAAAUGAAUCGUAUACUGUAUUUCAAUCUUGAUUAUACAGCUUGCUGGCGAGCUCUGUUAAGAUCAGAAUCCAAAAAAUUAGUCUGUCAGUAAUGAACUGUUUUUGUAAUUGUUUCCCUGUUUGAUUGUGAAAAAGAGGCCUGUGUGAGUCUAGUAUGGAGAAGAUGACCAUUAAAAUGUCACCCCCCAAAACAGAGCUUUAGCUAAUGCUGAUGUUAAAAUGUGUUUGUAUUCAAGCCAAGCUAGCAGCUCAAUUUGACCUGCAAAUGAGUUAACUAAACUGUAUCAUUUAUCAUCAGACUGGUUGGGUGAUUUUUAUUUUUUCCAGGAAAACUGGAAUAACUUUCUUUUUUAUCUUGAAUUUGAACAUGCAAAGUAUGAAAACUUAGUUUAUUAGCAAGUUAAUGGAAUUCCCAUCAGCCUCAGCCAUGAUUUAUAUUUAGUGCUAGUAAGCAAAGUUUUAGCAUGCUAACAAGCUUAACUAAAAUGGUAUACAAACCUGCUAGCAUGUUAAAGUUGGCAUUUAAAGCUUUGUAGCACCACUAAUAGCAUUUAACCAUCCAAGUAUAGAGCCAAUAGUGUGGCUGUAGAGUCUUAGUCUUGUUUAUAUUGUGAAUAUUAAGAAUAUUUUGUAUGUCAUCCCCAAAACAAGGAAAACAUGUACAUAGAAGCAUGUCACAAGAACAUAUUGACAGGUUCAAAGGGUGAUGAGACAAAAGCUUCUGGUCCAGUUUUUACAAAAUUCACAUUGUUAAAUUGUUAAUUCAUUGUUAAUUCACUGGCAUGUGUUUGGGAGCAGGUAUUAACUAUCAACAUAGGCUUUCCAUCAAUCAAACUGUACCCACAUACAAGUCACCUGGUUAUAAUGAAUUACAGACUGGCAGUGACCUAGAGAACUGGUGUCAGAUUUUAAAUGGCUUAUGGAAGAAAAAGGGAUGUAACUUCACAGCAUAGGGAUGUUUUCAUGCAAGGGGGAGUCCUUUAAAGAUCCCAAAGUAUUGGUGCAGGACUUGCAGUGAUUUUUAUUAAGUUUUAAUAGAUAGAAACACAGGUGUAGGGAUAGAGAAUUUCCAAAGGAAUGAAAAUCAGCCAUAAGCAGCCCAUUUGUGUAUUUUUAACAGUGUUGAUAAGAGUUUCACCUCCAAGUAAAACCAGUGAUAGCUGUUCAAUUAACGUUUAAACACCAAAUCAAAUUCAGGUUGCUUUGGCUUUUAAAUCUAAACACAUUAGGUGAUCACUUUGCCUUGUUAGUAUUCAUUAACUUGCUGCUUUUGCCUUCACACAGGCUUUGGAUGUGUUGUGCUGUAAGUGACCAUCACCGUCUAUGUCUACCCAUCACUCAUGCCUGAAAAAAAAAAAAAAAAGAUUGUUACCAGUGUUUAAAGAGUGUUUGCCAGUGAUUGCAGCACAGACUGCCAUAACAUUAGACCGAUUGUAGAUUGUAGAUGGACCAAUGCCUUUUAUUCCUCUUUAUUUAAAUCAUCUCUUUCCCCUGCCUCAUACUGAUGGAGCUUACCUUAAAACUGUUCUCCCACUGGUGGCCUCUGAGCAGCUUUUCUGAAGCAGGAGAGAGGGUUUAGUGCCUUGUUAAGGUGUUAAGAGUUGUUAAGAGAGGGAGCAGAGCACACCCGCUUGAGUUACAAACCAACUUUGACACAAAAGCUUGCAUUCACAUCAUGUUUGUAAGACUUUUGAAAUGUGUUUUUAUUGAAUGACACUUGACAUUAUUUCCAAAUCCAAGACCAAUACAGAUCCCAGUAGUGUUCAUGGUUUGAGUGUUGAUCAGCCUGCCCAAAUAAAAAAAGAGAUGCUCUUGGCUUUUUUGAUUGCCUUGUCUUGACAUUCCUCAGGGUCAAAAUUGCACUGAGGUGCACAGACGCCAUUGCAUUUUCCUACAUGUCCAGUUUGAUUUUUUUAUGCUCAGGGUGAAAAACUAACUGAAAUACUGGCAAAUUUCUGUCCUGUAACCACUGGUAACAUAAUCUUUUACACUUAACAACAGACUAGAACAGAAAUCUGGGACCAGUAUUUACAUGUGCUCAUCUCUGUGCUGCAGGAAACUUUAAAAUAACUCGAAAAAUGGGAGGUUAAAAAUACAUUAUCAUUUUUUGGACUGAUUUCAGCUUAUACUCCAACUGUACAUUCAAUUCCCCGAUUUAAGUCCUUUAGAAUCAACUCUUGGCUUAACUUCUUUAAAUAGAAAUCAUAGAGAGGUAUCAUGUGUUACAGUAGAUGUAUAACAGUCAAUGGAGCGGUGCCAAACAGUGUAAGCAGGACAAUCUGACAGUGUUUAAGGCAACCUUCGAGUGUGUCUCGGGUCUGAAACUGAUUUCCUUCUCUGCCUGGUUCUGUUCUUUAGUUAAUGUCACCAUGUUUGUCUGAAACAAUUCCUGUGUGUCAGCGUAAAUAAACAUGAAAUAUGUUAAACAAGAAA